GUCGAAGAGACGCACCGCAAAUUUCCCAUAGUGCACACUCGACAAGAUGCAGUACAUAUUGAUGACCCUGCUUUCAUCGACGAUAUAUACCCGGAAUCCUCCCAACGGCACCGCGAAAAUUUUCACACACUGGUGAAGCUCCUACUGACUCCUGGUUCAAUAUCUGGUACAGCGGACAAUGAAUUCCACAGACGUCGGCGGGCUGUCCUGAAACGAUAUUUUUCCCGACAGAGUGCUCGGCGUCUCGAGCCGCCUAUCAACGAUACACUCGGGACGCUAUUUGAGAGGCUGAAAGAGUGGGCUAGGGAAGGGAAGACCAGUGCAUAUGAACGUCGUAUUCCGCGGCGCAGCUAA